UGGGUAUGGGUGGGCGCACAGAAGUGUGUGUUUGUUUGUGUGUGUGUGUGCUUGCGUGCGUGUGUGUGUGUGUUCAGGUGUGAGCGUCGGCCUGCAGCUAGAGCUAGACUCAGACUGAAGUCGGCAUCCGGACAGUGUGGCAGGCAAAGUGCACGUCAGAGCUCUCUGAGGGGGCCCUGACCACUGACCAUGGGACAAAUGCACUGAGGGCCCCCAAGACAAAAUAUAAAAGCCAAAGAGGAGCUGAAAAUAACCAAGAAAAAAAAAAACAUUAAAAAAGACAGAGAGAGCAGAACAAUGGUUGCAGAGGAAGUGAUAAUUACAUUGUCCGGUGGCGCGCCAUGGGGCUUUCGUCUCCAGGGAGGCGUGGAACAUCAGAAACCGCUACAGGUGGCUAAGGUGCGUAAACGCAGCAAGGCAUGUAGGGCUGGGCUUAGGGAGGCUGAUGAACUGGUGUCCAUCAACGAACAGCCAUGUGGAAUGCUAUCCCAUGCCCAGGCCAUGGAAUUUAUCGACAGCUCCCCUGGGAUAUUGCACAUCCGGGUUAAAAGGGUGCCUGCUGGUUUUCAGUCCGUGGUGCUUGUGACCCGUGCCCCAUCUCCCCGUAUAGACAAAGAAUACCGUGCUGCUCUGCGUGCCAUGUCACCCACCCACUCCCACCAUGCACCCGUCCGUGAAGUCCACCAUAGCCACUCCUCGAUAACCAGUGGAUUGACAUCUCCACCAGGUAGUGAGGCUUACUACGGAGAAACUGACAGUGAUGCAGAUGUAGCAGGCUAUGAGAGGCAGCGCCGGCAGAAACGCCGCAGCCCCAGCAACUCCAACCCAGGAAAACCAGCAGGACGAGCAUCUCCUGAGGGCGGGGAGACUUCAGAGAUGAGUGGCUAUGACAGCGCUCCAGAUGCACAUGUUUACCCUAGUUUAUUGGAUAAACGUGGGGGAGAUGGAGAUGGAGGAGGGGGGCUACCAGGGGUGGAACGGAGGGAGGUGAUUUAUCAGCCUCCUGGACCAGGACAGUGGUCCUCCCAGACAUCCACUGAGACCUCAUCCAUCAUCUCCUCAGCAGAUGACCAGGGGCCACGGGAUAGAGGUCAAGAGGAGGACAGUGGCUUUCUAGAGCCAACUAACGUGCCACUGGUAUCCCCUGAGAGGGCAAAGGGGGCCAUGAUGUUGAGCUCCCGCAGCCAGUUUGUACCCAUGGUGGGUCCUUUGAGUAAACCCCUUGACGAGGAGCUUACAACAACCUACAUGGAAAAGGCCAAACAAGCCAAACUUAACCGAGGGGAUACUCCGCAAGACAAGCAUGUGAAGGAAGCCAAAACCAAGUGUCGAACAAUUGCGUCCCUACUGACUGAUGCUCCCAACCCUCACUCUAAGGGGGUGCUGAUGUUCAAGAAAAGGCGGCAGCGCUCCAAAAAGUACACCCUUACCAGUUUUGGUAGUGUGGAUGAGGACAGGUGUCAGGACUCACAAGAGGAGGAUGGGGUAUUCCCUGGCAGCGAAUCAGAGUUUGAUGAGGAUGGUUUCUCUGCCGUUCCUGACCCAACUUGGGAUAGUGACUACUUGAAUAAGUUGGAGAAGAGAGCAACUGCAGGCACUGAAGGUCGUAGGGAUGGGGCAGAGGAUGCUCCAAGUCCAGGUUUAAGUGACAUCACAGGCAAGGGUGCCCAGUUGUUUGAGCAGCAAAGAAAGAAGGCUGCUGAGCAUGCCAAGAAGGAAGAGGCAGCACAACCUCAAGCUCCUCCACAGUCUCAAGUCCAGGGCCAGGUUCAUAUGUAUCAGAUACAACCAGAGAUACAACCACAGAUGCAGUCAAACCUCCAGCCUCAGCAGAUGAUACCACCUAGCACUAUAGCACAACAAGAACUGUCCCAGGCUCCAGGCCCAGUUGCAGCCUGUGGAAUGUCUAAUGGGGACCUAUGCUACUCUGCAGUUAGUACAGCCAGCAUGAAAAUGACACCUCCACCUGUGACACCCAAACCAGCCACUGCCUCAGUGACUGUUCUGACCAUACCUGCACCACCAGCUGAAACACCAUUACCAGAACUACCUGCUAGUAAUGUUCUCAACAGAACGGCACGUCCUUUCACUCCUGGCUUCAUCAGCAUGCGAGCAGCAACAGCACCUGUAACGUUUCGACCAUCAGUAACAAAGACGGUCCAGCGUCCUGCCUCAGCAGCUGUUGUGCAACUACCAUUCUCUACUGCCUCUGAACAAGCCAUGAAUACUACAUCAGUAACAUCCCCACCAUCCUUUGUGCCUCAAGGUCCCUUGGCACCAACACCAGAAGCUCCUGUUCAUCACCUGUCAUCUCCACCAAUAACUACUGUUCACCAAGCUCCAUUUGUAGCUGUGCCCCCAGUGUCUAUGCCUUCAAUGCUCCUGGCUCCACAAGCACCAAUGGCUCCAGCCCCAGCUCUUCCUGUAUCCCAAAUUCUUUCGUCACCUAACCCAGUUGCUCUAGCGCCUCCACUUCAAGUGCCAUUUUCUCAACCACAUCCACCGCAAUUUUCCGUGGCACCUGCAGCUACAGUGUCAGUGGUCUCUCAGCCAGAAGCUGUAGCUCCAACCCCUGUUCCUGGUCCAACAGGUCGCACAGGGAUUUUAAUUGAUGCUCGACGGCGAAGUGGCAAACCUAAACCUAUGUUUAAUUUACCAGAUGUCAAGAAGAACUCCCCAAAUCCUGAUCUAUUGUGUAUGGUGCAGAACCUGGAUGAAAGGUCCACCCGACACAAAUAUGGCCAACCACCGUCUGAGGCUAUCUAUGAUGAUGCAGAGGAAGAGAGAGGAGAGAGGAGUGGCGAGACCAGCAUGGGUAGGGCGCCUCCUCCAGUGGCACCCAAGCCUCGGGUCAUCCAUGAGGCCCCACUGUUUCUUCAAGCAGGAGGUAAGGGGGCACAGCUGUUUGCCCGCAGGCAAAGCCGCAUGGGUAUGUAUGUAGUGGAUACCCCUCCCGAGACCCCUUACCAGCAGGAAGUGGCCUCGCACAGUGCACCCCAACUCCAUGACUCCGCUUCAAACCCUUCCCAUGUCUCUCAGUGGAAAUACUCCCCGAAUGUCCGUGCUCCUCCACCAAUUGGGUACAACCCACUUUUGGCCCCCUCUAUCCCUACAGGGCCUCAGAGGAAUACAGGCAAGCCAGAAAGCAGGGGUAGAGGAGUCUCCCAAAGAGAGGGGAUCAAAGCUCUGGAUUUCAUGAGAAGGCAGCCCUACCAGCUCAACUCUGCUAUGUUCAACUAUGGUGGCAGCACUGCUAAUCUAUCAGCCAUGCCUUCUUAUCAGGCCCAGAGGCAGCAGCAUAGUGACUACACAACAGCAACAAUGGUGGGCAGCUCAUUAACCUCACCUAGGCAGAUCCCCGUCAAAACAGCCCGUGUCUUCGAGGUCAAGCGAUUCUCCACACCCACACCUAUGUCAGCUCCCACUCUAGCUCCAAAGGUCAUAGCCCCUCGCUCAGCCACUACCCUCGGAGAACGUUUGACUCAUUCUGGCAUGAUGUCACCACCUCCUGCUCCUUUCACUCCAACCCCAGCCCCUCACUUGACACCAGCAUCAGUGAAUGCCCCAACACAAGCUCUACCUCCCUCCCAACCAGCUGGACUACCUAGCCUCCCAAAAUUCUCUGCCACCCCUAUUCCCCAGCAUCUGCCCCCUGCAGUCCCUACACCUUACACUCCGGUAUCAUACACCACUGGGCUACAAGCAGCCAAGCAGUUCCAGAGCGCUCCUGAGCUUAGUAUUCUUGCCUCUUUGCCCCCACUCAAGUCCGACCCAGUCCAGGCACCCAAACCACGUUUUGUUGCCACCAAGGGAGGUGUCCAGCCCCAUGUUUGGAGGCCAGGGGCAAUGUGAACACCAGUGAAUCCAUCACUACCACACAAGGACGUCUUCAUGUACUAUUUAUUAAGUGCUGAAAUUAAUUAAUCAAUUAACAAUUUAGUUAAUUUGUUUAUUGUUUAAGUAAAAAAUGCCAAAUAUCCAUUGGUUCCAGUUUCUGAAAUUUGAAGCUAUUCUGCUUUUUUCUUUUUACAUCAUUGUUGAUUGAAUGUCUUGGGGUUUUGGGUGGGGCUUAGGCUUUAAAAAAAUUGUGAUGGGCAAUUAUCUUAAUCAAUUUAUUUACUAAUGAAAAGAAAAUGACAGCCCUACAUCCAAUUAAUUUAAGCCUCAAAUUGAGCUGUAAAGAUAGUUAUGAAGAAACAAAGUGAUUCGGUAUAAAGUUGAAAUCCAGAUUUUUCCAGAACAUUUUUUCAAGUUUUAAAAAAAUGUUAGAAUGGUAAGAAAUCAUAAAAAUCUACUUAUUGUUCAAAAAUGCUGCUCAUAUUUAUUUUGCUGCCAACUCAUUUACUCACACAUUUAUCUGAGUGACAAUAAUAAUAAGAGGACAAUAGCACAUACUGUAAGCUGUAUAGUCCACCAUAUGCCUGUCCUGGGGGAGGUUUGUGUAAGGCUUCUGCAGAUUUCUUUCUACAUAUUUAGCAGAAAUAUCAUCUAAUCAGAGCCUGUACUGAAAUAUUCUUUGAAACUUGAAAUGUCUGAAAUAUGUUGAAAAUGAAUAGUUGCGGUUUGGAUCAUAGGAUUAAAUGACUGAAGAAAUAUGUUUUAGUAUGUUGACAGGUGGAGGAUCAUAAAGCAACAGCAGGCUUAUAUCUUUUAUCUAUCUUUGAACAUUUUAUUCUGUUGUUUAGUACUUGUCCUACUAAAUGAUGUGCACGAAAUGUUUUUACCCUAAUCUGUUUGUGGCAUUGUCAAGAAGAAGCCCAUGAUGACCUAGUCUCCUUGUCCAGGGAUUUAAAUGAAGCAUGUUGAAAAUUGUAAAAUGUUUUUAAAAGUCUCUGCUCACCUUGGUUCUAUAUGUGAAGACAAGGUAUGCUCUGCAAGUGUUAGUGAGGUUGUGCCAAAUACCUCUGCUCACUAUAGCCAUUAAGAAAUGCUGUCUUUUUAGCAUGGGUCACAUUUAACAAGUGCUCGGGCUGUCACUGAAUGUACACUUGUAUAUCACAGCUUUCAUUAGGCACACCAGACGUCCAUACGAUAUCAGUGUGAUCUUUGCAGAUAUGUAAAUUAACUUUUAUUAAACAAAUAACACAGAUGAAGGAAUGUGUAUUUGGUUUUGUUUAAUUGUGAUUUAAUCUAAAGGAGCGCAAGGGGAAGUUGACUAAUUAAGAGGCACCAGAAUUUAUAAAAGGAUUCAAGAAAUAUGAGGGGCUGUGAAGGAGGGAUAUAGGCAGUAUAUAUACUUUACAUAUAUAUAUAUAUGUAGGACAGAUUACUGAAUGGGGUCAUAGCCCACCAUUUGUGGGAUAAUGGGAUGUAUGGUUGAAUUGUAGAUAGUUAUGAAAUUUCACAGCCUGUAGAAGUUAACGGGGUUGGAACAGAAAGUUUGCUACCUGACGUUUGUUGAUAAAGCUAAAGAAGCUGAUGGAAAGAAGCAGAGGUUUAGCUGGUGUCUUUCCAUUAACAAUGGUUGCUAUAAAAAAAGAAGGGAUACACAUUCAAUAGCUAUAUAGAGACUAGGCAUGAUAAUGGAAACCCGUAAGAAACAAGUUAAUUAAUAUUGUUUUCAGUUGUGGAAUCCUUUGAAAGAUACUUUUAUUUUUUACCAUUUAAAAAGAAAUUACAAUUUGUCUUAAAGCUUUUUCUUGUUUUCACAUUAUGGCUACAAAAUAUCUAGAGUGUGGAUAUAGUUAUGUGUAAAAUAUGAUAAAUUCAUGUUUCUGAAUGUGGUUUGAUUUAAUAAAGUGUGGAAAUGUUUGUUAUUGUUGAUAAGUAGAAGUUUAUACUGACUAGGAGACAACAUUUUUAGAGAAAUAAAAUUAUAUGAAAGCUC